UCCCACAGAGUUAAAGUUAGCAAGUUAAACAGGCGUAUUUUGGGACUUAUAAGUAUGUAUGUUUUACAGAUUCACAUCACUUCAAGCACCAUAGAAACGAUUGGCGUUGGAGCGUUUAAUGGCCUUUACACCAUCGGUUGUUUGAUUUUGGCUGGUAAUCGGAUCAGCAAUAUCUCCGGCCAUGCAUUCUCUGGUAUCCUAAACAUCGGCGAAAUUAUCAUCGAGCACAACCACAUCAGGCAUCUUGAAACGGAAGCGCUACUGAAUAAUGCCGAUGCUUCCUGA